AGCCUCUCAUUUUACGUUGCUUUUAUUUUCCUCAAGCUUUCCAAAUUCCUCACAUUACUCAGGGAAAGAUACCUUUCUCUUUUUCUUCUCUGUUUUCUCGUUCCCCCGCUCUCUUCUGUUUUUAUCUCUUCUUAUUCGUUACCUCGGAAAUUAGGGCUUUUUGUUUUCGAAAGUAAUUGAAAUGCGGUGAGCAAUGGAGCAACCUGAAUCAGCCGAUUCCAUUUCUGAUCCCAGCCAACUCGCGAUUCAAUCUCCCUCGCCCUCGCCCUCGCCCUCGUCCCCUCUUCAGGAUCCAGAUCCUCAACCCUCCUCGUAUGAGCAUGCUCCUCCUGAUCACGCCGCCGACAAGGAUGAAGAGCUGCUGCAGCAGCUGGUUGAGAGGCAGCUGCAGCUGAAGCAGACUCACGGCGAGGGAGUGGUGGUGGUGGAAACCGAGAGACAUUCGAGCCAGUUGAAUGGGCAAAGAGAGGUUGAGGAGCAGCCGGAGCAGCAUAACAAUGGCGAUAGUGAUGUGGUUGAAGAAACGAAUGUUCCGGAUAUGAAUGAGCACGCUGAGACACUGGAGGAGUUGGAGGAGAAUGAAGGUGACGAGGAGGUCCAGGAGUGGAAUCAUACGACAAGCAAUGGCGGUGGGAUGAUUAGGCAGCACCAGUUUCCGGUGAGGCCUGACGCCGAAGACUGCUCUUACUAUAUGAAGACAGGGAAUUGCAGAUUCGCCUCCAAUUGCAAAUUUAACCACCCUGUUAAUAGGAAAACCCAGGUGUCAAGGGAAAGAAUGUGGGAGAAAGAAGAAUCAGCAGAGAGACCAGGGCAGAUUGAAUGCAAGUAUUACUUGAGGACAGGGGGCUGUAAAUAUGGAAAAGCUUGUAGAUUCAACCACUCCAAAUUAAGAACUCCACCAGUCUCUGCAAAGUCACCAGUGAUGCAGAUUCUUGAGUUUAACUUUCUUGGUCUACCGAUCCGAGUGGGAGAGAAAGAGUGUCCAUAUUAUAUGCGCAAUGGUUCCUGCAAGUAUGGGUCAAACUGCAGGUUUAAUCAUCCUGAUCCAACAGUGGUGGGGGAAAAUGAACGUUCUUCAACAAUUGCUAAUGGUGGAUCUCCGUCUAUCAAUGCAUCAUCACAUUCAAACAUACCACCAUGGUCUCCGCCACCGCCAAGACCAGCACUGAGCGAGGCUCUCCCUUAUAUCCCAAUAAUGUUUCCCCCAAAUCAAGGGGCAAAUUCCCAGAAUCUGGAAUGGAAUGGGUAUCAGGUAUGUAAUGUCGUUGGAUGAAAUCAAGGAUUUUCCCAUUAGUGCCUCUUACUCCUUUUCUUAUAGGUGUUCUCUAAACCUAAUUUUAUGGCUCUUCAUUUGGUCCCUGUGUUUUAGUUUCAUGCAGACACAUGAUCUUACUUCAUUGCAAGUAUUAUGGCUUCUUUAUCUGAUGGUGUGAAUAUGAUAAGAUCCUCCAAUACCCCUAGAUUGCAAACUCUGAUAGUACUGGCACUGUUUAUUUUUACUCAUGCUCCGAACCUUCUCAGAAACCUUACCAUUGAAAGCUUGUAAAUAGAACCUGCAACUGAACAAAUUAAGAAGAAAGGUAAAUGGUGCAUUUACUCAAUGCUUUACAAAGAGGUGUAUGUAUAAAUUAUAAUUAGCUUGAUGCAUGUAUGACAGUGAUGCUGCUUGGAGACUAAAAAGGAUAAGUUCUUGAAAACAAAUGGUUCUUAACACUUAAUUAGUAGCUAUGUGAAUAUGAAUACAAUCUCUGCCAUAUGUCUUGUUUUCACUGGGCUUGAUGUUUAUGCCCCCAAUUUGCCAAACCCAUAAUGUCACUACAAUGUAGUAAGUUGAAGUGAUUUCUUUAUGCAAUGACUUGAGUCAUGUUUCUAUGUUACCCUGUAAUUUUUGUUUUUGAAAAAUGCUCAUCCUAAAACUUGACGGUACAUUUCUUUAUUUUUGUGGCUUCUAAAGGCUCCUGUAUAUCCUUCGCCAGAGCGAGGUAUGGCUACCUCUCCUCUGCCAUAUGUCAUGACCAACCCUGCAAUAGGAACAAAUAUUUACAGUCAUCAGCAAAAACCCAUGGUGAUAGAUGAGUACCCAGAGCGACCUGGUCAACCAGACUGCAGUUAUUUCUUGAAAACUGGGGGUUGCAAGUUUAAGGGCAAUUGCAAGUUUAAUCAUCCUAAGAAUUGGAUCACAAAAUCGCCUUCCUGUGUUCUUAGUGAUAAGGGCCUGCCACUGAGACCUGAUCAAAAUAUAUGUGCUUACUACAGUCGGUAUGGGAUCUGCAAGUUUGGUCCUGCAUGUAAAUUUGACCAUCCGAUUCAACCGGACUCCUCAACAGGGUCUCUUGAUCGUCAUCAUUUUCAUGCCUUUGGAAACUCUGGCACCGACGAAGAAGAUGGUAGACUGGCUGAGAACGUAGAUUCAAAUAUCUGACCGGUAGCCCUUGUAAACUUUUUUGCAUCUAGGUGCUGUGCUGUAUCUUCUAGGAUCCUUACUGGUGAAGCUGAUUUCAGUACUACUUUUCUGAUAACCUUGACAACUUCCGGAAUCUUUUUCUGUUUUUGUAAUUUACUGGGAUAGGGGAAAGUGAGGAGCAGUGUUCAACUGCCACAAGCUUUCAAACAUCAAACUGUGGCAUCAUCCAUCGUAUAACUUAACCAUGUGAUGUGUGACUGGGCCUAAGUGAAGGCAGGAUAUGUAAAUUCUCUCAUAGUUUGGUAUCCAGCUAAGUUUACCAUUUAGUUUCAGUUUCCUAUUCAAAGAAAAAAACUAGUCAGUUACUUUUGUAGGCCCUUUGUUUCUUAUAACCUGAAAUGUGGAAUUUUUUUUUUCUUUUUGAAAUAUGCCAGGACUUCAUGGCAAAACAAUUUUUUAUUUUUUAUCCAAAAUUUUUUCAUCCAAAAUUUUUUCAGAUUCUUUUAUAUUAUUCAAACCUAUUAAAAUGCUAUUAAUUAGUC